AACUGGGAGUUUAUCAUCUUUUCCAUGUCUUCUUCAGGUACAUUAUAUCAUCAAAGGUAGAGAACAAAGAUGAUGAUUAUAUAUUUGUAUACUACCGAGGUAGAAAUGAUGCGUGGGAUGGGUAUGGAGGUGCAGUUGUAUACACAAAGAGUGCUGUUUUACCUGAAAGCAUAGUUCCUGAACUAGAAAAGGCCGCAAAGAGUAUUGGACAUGAUUUUAGUAAGUUCAUCAGGACAGACAAUACCUGUGGCCCUGAGCCUCCCCUUGUGGAAAGGCUGGAGAAAACGGUGGAGGAGGGAGAGAGAACGAUUAUAAGAGAAGUAGAACAGAUAGAAGGAGAGGUUGAGGAGAUUGGAAAGACUGAAGUGACGCUGUUACAGAGGCUUGCAGAUGGAUUCAUGGAAGUUAAGCGGGACGCUGAGAAUUUACUGAAAGGGCUGAGCAAGGAAGAGAUGGAGCUGUUGGAUGAUCUAAAGAUGGAAGCGAGAGUCGUAGAAAACGUUUUCGGCCGAGCACUUCCAUUGAGGAAGCUAAGGUAGCCGAACAUGGUCGAGUGGGUCUCCAAAGAUCUGAAAGCAGAAUAAUCAAGAAUCAAGAAAGUUUUCGAUCCGGCUUCUCCCUUAGGAAGUCAAAGGGGUUAGAGAAGGAUUGUUUCAAGAUGCCAACCAAGAUUCAAGCUUGUGGGCUGGAGUGGUUCUCAUAAUUGGAUGCCAGCAGCAUACUGAAUUCAAGAAAUAGUAUGUAAAGAGUCCUAUCUUUCUAAUUUUUUGUUUCUUCACAACACUGAAUAUUUUUCUUCAUGAGCUAAGGUUGUGAUAAUUCAAAUAUUCUUAGAGAACCA